AUGGGAAUAAAGGAGGCCUGCCCUGAUGAUGAUCAGCAUAUCAUAAUUGACAUUCCAAAGGAUUUGGAACCCGAUCUCAAUUCUUCAAGUUGGAUCCACAGAGUUCCAGGGAAGAUCAGGCAGCUAAAAGAAGAAGCCUAUACUCCCCAGCUAAUAUUUGUAGGGCCUUUUCACUAUGGCAACCCGAAACUAAGAUCCAUGGAACACCAUAAAACGAGGUAUCAUGACCAAUUUUGGAAAUGGUAUUUCUAUAAACACAUUAAGGUGGAUGAUAUCAAAGAUUUCAUUGAAGAUGGGGAUAUUCGGGAAAGCAUCUGGCGUAGCUAUGCAAGGACACUUGGGUUUGGGAAUGAUCUGGACCAAUUGUUCCAUGUGAUUCUAAUAGAUGCUUGCUUCAUCUUUAAGCUCUUCUUGAGAAACUAUGAAAUCUCAAGCCAUGGAAAGCUUCUGGAUGAGGAAAUGCAACACUUCAAGAGAAUCAAACAUUUCACCGAUUUGGUUAGACAAUUCUUGUGUCCAAACAAAAGGUGUCCCAUUCAUGCUGGCAAUAUAAGCUUUCUCUACACUGCAAAGCAACUAGAUAGUUCAGGGUGUGUUUAUCCAUUUGAGACUUAUAUAUGCAAUUAUGUUUCCUUUUUGGAUCAACUAAUCGACAAAGCUGAAGAUGUGGAAUUGCUGGUUGAGAAGAAAGUGGUUCAUAACUUACUUGGUAGCAAUGAUGCAGUAGCAGAUUUGAUUAACAAGCUUUGCGACCAGAUUCUGGAAACAAGUUUCUACUAUGGUGGUAUAUGGCAAGAGCUUAAUGAGCAUUAUGACAAUUUUUAG